GACUUUUGCGUCAUUGACAACAUCUAUGCACUUGUUGCUUAUGUCUUCACUUGUUUUAACUUGGAAGAGAUUUACAACAAACUCUCUUUUGUUGACCUGAAAAAGGCAAACGAAAAGAGGUGUUUUACUCAUUAAACUGAUUACAUAAAACAAAGGUGCCCAACGAUCCUCAGCUGUGGCAUCUUUAAUUACCCUGUGCAAGUGCGUGUAUGUGACGUCACUUGCACACCCUUCUCGUGCUCUGUGUAUCAGUGCGUGUGUGUAGGGGUGGGUGUGUGUGUGUGUGUGUUUGUGUGUGGCAGUCGUUUCAGUGAGGAAAGGAGAGAGACGAGCCAGCGCAGAGAGGCACGGAGCCGGAGCGGAGAGCAUCAAGUUGACUACAUUUGGGGAAAAUCCUAAACCAGCGCAGGAAUCAAGAACAGUAACACAAAUACUAACAACUCUAAAGCACCGAUAGGACGCGUUAGUGUGGGGACUGUGUUGGUAUUUGGACGUAAAAUGAAAGGUUUACCUGUCUCUUUAUUGGAUUUGGAGUCCUAUUUGCGGCGGCUUUGACAGAGGAGUUGCGCAUGCAGAGUGGGCUUUCGAAUCGAACUUGACUUGGACAUCCAGGAUCCCUAAACGUCCUAAAAAAAAAAAAAAAACCCCGCUGGACAUCAUUAAACUCAACGAUCACCACCACCAUGGAUGAAGAGCAGUGCUACUACAACGAGACCAUUGCCUUUUUCUACAACCGCAGUGAAAAGCACCUGGUUACCACCUGGAACACCGUGAGCAGGCUGGUGAUGGGGCUGGGCGUCACUGUGUGCAUCUUCAUCAUGCUCGCCAACCUUCUGGUAAUGGUCGCCAUCUACGUCAACAGGAGAUUCCACUUCCCAAUCUACUACCUGAUGGCCAACCUAGCGGCUGCUGACUUUUUUGCUGGACUGGCCUACUUGUACUUAAUGUUCAACACAGGACCAAACACAAGGUGGCUGAGUGUUUCAACAUGGUUGUUGCGUCAAGGCUUGAUCGAUACCAGUCUUACAGCUUCGGUGGCCAACCUGCUGGCCAUCGCCAUAGAGCGUCACAUCACUGUCUUCCGCAUGCAGCUACAUACACGUAUGAGCAACCGACGUGUAGUGGUGGUGAUCGUUAUAAUCUGGACUAUGUCCAUAGUGAUGGGGGCAAUCCCCAGUUUGGGCUGGAACUGUAUCUGCGCCCUGCAUAGUUGCUCCAGUAUGGCACCGCUUUACAGCAACUCCUACUUGAUCUUUUGGGCGGUGUUUAACCUGGUGACGUUUGUCGUGAUGGUGACUCUUUACGCCCACAUUUUUGUCUAUGUGCGACAGAGGACCAUGAGGAUGUCGCGGCACAGCUCUGGGCCACGGCGCAACCGAGACACAAUGAUGUCUCUGCUCAAAACUGUGGUCAUCGUGUUGGGUGCCUUUAUCAUCUGUUGGACCCCAGGCUUGGUCCUCAUACUUCUCGAUGUCUUCUGCUCCAGCUGCACUGUCCUCAACUAUGAGAAGUUCUUCCUGCUCCUUGCCGAGUUCAACUCAGCUAUGAAUCCUAUCAUCUACUCAUACCGGGACAAGGAGAUGAGCGCCACCUUCAAGCAAAUCUUGUGCUGCCAGCGGCAGGAGAACGUCAAUGGGACGGUGGUGGACGGAUCCGACCGCUCGGCGUCUUCGGUCAACCAUACGGUGCUGGGCGCUGGCAGCGUCCAUCACCAUCACAAUGAGCACUCGGUGGUUUGAAAUGAUUGCAAAAAGGAAGUCUGAAAGUUGCAGCUGUUCUGCCUGAGACUAGGUAAAUACUAAACGAGGGAUGUGAAUGUGACAGAUCAUAGACUGCUGUUUGAAUUUACGAACAGAUGGCACAAACUGAUGAUCAGCAUGAUGGCGAGAUCAAUGAAGAAACAGCAGGAAAAGAAGAAGAAUGGAAGUAAAAAGAAUGAUGGAAAGACCAUAUGAAGGAAGAGGGGAAGUCUAAUGUUCGGGGACUCUGACAGGGUGUUCGUAUUUUUGUUUAGCUGUAUGUUGUUUUUUUUGUGUUAAGUGUUUUGUUUUACAAGCAAAGAUGAUUUGAAUUAUUUAAGUAAUCUGUGAAAUGGUAAUGCCAGUGUAACCAUUCUAUUUCUCCAUUCAGUCUGUUUAACUAUGGAACUACUACACUUCUAGACACACCAAGACAAAACUGUUGAGACCCAUUUCCGUGUUACCUUUUCCCAUAACAGAGGCAUAAAUAGACUCCUCAUAGAUUCACCGUCAUUCUAGUAUCUGAACAGAAGCUGCUUCAUGAUUAUGUCAUGUGAUGGAGCAGAUGGACUGUACGGUUAAUAAUAAAAACAGUAUCAACUUCACACAUCAUCAGUUUCAAUCUUUGAUCAUUUUCAGACAGUCUUGAAAAAGUCUAGCAUCUGUGAGAUUAGAUUAAAAUUCCAAAUACCAAAAGAAACCUAGAUUUUUUUCUUUAGUUCUGUUACACAGUUUUGAUUUGUCCGAUAUAUUUGUUGCAUUGAUUAGCUCAAGACUCCAGAGAAAAAUAGUCUUUUCAUUUGCAGAACCAGCAGUGAAUUUGGAGACAUUUGUGCCAUUUUGCUCUUUACUUAACCUAUUUCAUUUCUAUGUUCAUAAGCCGUUGCAUAAAAUCUUAUUUCUUUGCAAGUAAGUAAAGACCACAUAUUUUUAUACAGAGUAUAAAUACUAGCAUAUUUUUCCCCACUAUCUGACAAUAAACCAGACUUUAAUUCUCCCUACCUAUAUCAGUUAGAAUUACCAAAAUAAUUUCUUAUUUCAGCAUUUGGCAAAUGGUAAAAAUUGUAUGAUUAUUUCAGAUUUAUCACAGUUCUUGUUCAGACAGUGUCAAACUAUAUAUUUUUUCUUUUUACUAUGCUGGCCUUACAACCACAGUGUAUAAAGAUUCAGUUGUGUGUGUUUCUUUAUGCUAGCUAUGAAGACAUUAAGGGAUUGUUUAAGGGAUUCCACUGCAUUGCAGUAAAAUGCAGUGACAAGUUAAUAUCGUAGAUGGCAACAAACCGGUAAAUGUGCUCAGUUGGCUACAUCAUUAGACCUGUUCUGAUGUGUUUUUUACCUCUAGAGAUAAACAUGGCUAUGUUCCUAGUGUUUUUAAUCUGAUUUAACCUACUGGGCUGUAUAUUUUAAAGAAAUAUUGGUUUCUCCAAUACCUAUAACUUGGUUAUUCCAACUUAUAGGUAGGGUUAUACUUUACCAAAGCAUUUACGUUACAUUUUCUAUCAUCUGUUUAGAAACAAACUGAAGAUGAUGCUGAGAUGACGCUCUGCUUAAACGUUUGUCUCAACAUGACAUCAGGUCGAGUGAAAUAAAUAAACAUAAACAAAUUUGCACUCAGACAAAAUAAUGACAAAAUUCUCAGAAAAUGGAAGGCUUAUAAAGUCACCUACUGGCAGAGUAGAAGCCUGACUAAGACUCUGCAGUCAUGCUUGGGGCUGUGUCACACUUACUUCAGACAGAGUGGUGCUGUGACUGUGCCACUAGCAGAGCCAAUAAAACUCCAGUCACACAUAGUUCUGAUGAGCAAUUUCCUCAAAGGUCUGCUGUUUCAAGAUGAUUCGCAGUCAGUUAGUGUCGCAAGCAUUAUGCCAGGCUUAAACAAAAACCAUUUCACCUUUCUAUGGAAAUGUAUGUUCUAAUUAUGGUAUCAGCAACUGUUCCUCCAGGGGGACCACAAGCUUGUGUUAAAUACACUCUGUUGAAUGUUGUUAGGUUACAAGAAAGGGAAUUCCCUAAACGUUUGCUGUAACGUUGUUACUAAUCACAUAAGCAAGGUCACAUGUAUAUAAAAGUAUGUAGUUUGAUUAAGUAGCAGCAGAUGAGAUGACAAACUCUUACAGUAUUCGUCAAACUAAUUUGUUAAAUUUGUGAAAUACACGUAUUAUUGUCAAAGUUCUGACUUUACCUUGGUGUCUUGUGCUAGACUCUCUUGGAUUGAAAGAAUAAAAUAGUUAUUUGGUAGUCUUUUAGCAUUACUGAAAAUAGACCAUGAGAACAUUUGUUUUUGAAAGACACGUAGACUGAAUCAAAAGAGGGUCCAAAAUAAAUUGGUGAAUAGGAGAGGUUUUUUUUUCUUCAUUUUUUUUGCAACUGUUCUGCAUCAGGUACAUUCUGAAGCAUUUAAAUGAUUCCUAAAUAGAGUCAACUAUGCCACACUUUGUGUAGCAAAAACUCAUGUAUGAAUAAUGUACGUCUGUUUCAAAAAGAAUGGGGUUAUUUGCCCCUUCACCAAUCUGUUACCACAGAUAACAGGAGGCCAAAAUGUUUUUGGUACUUUCAAGACUGCUUUUGCUUUUGCCAUUUCUCAAGCUUAAGUGAUUCAGAUCAUUAAUUUUAAACAAAGAUAACACGAGUGAAUACAAAAAUAUCUUCAUGUAAUAAUUUCAUGUAUUGUUAAUUGCAUCUAAGCCAAUCUGACCCUAAAUGUAAUUACCGACACUAUGGAUGAAUUUUGACCCUCUCUUCUCUACUGGAUUGUUUUUUUUUUUGUUUGUUUUUCAUCUCACUGGAGACUGAAAAAAGCAUUUUAGAGCAUAAACAUUUUAGGUAAUGCUAAAAGAUUAUGUACAUGAAAAUUUAACAUAGCUAGUCUAACUAAAUGAUCGAUUUGGUGGUUUUAACUGUAAUCUAAACUUCUAAAAUAUAAAUUAAAUCAAUAGCAGCAAGAAAAGUACCAACACAAAGUAUUAUACAGCUAAUACUAAUGCGUAAAUUUGGAUUCAUGGACAUGCUUAAAUUUCUGUUAAACAUGUCAUUUUUCAACCAACAUGUUUCCAAUUUAUUUCAACUUAGAUUCUUUUCUUUCAGGUAAAUUAAAGAUGAAGCACUGUUGUGAAUUGCACCUUACUCAAAGCUGUCAAGUUGGGGUUUUUUCUCUUUCUGUCAUGUCAAGAUGAUUGGUGCUUUAUUUUGUCUGAUUGUUUUUUACACAUUUAAAAGGGAGAUUUAAAAAAUACCUUGUCUUUUUAAAUAAAAAUGAAAUAUCAAAUUUGCCCCUACCUGUUCAUCUGGACACUGGUUUGCGCUCUUCUCUUCGGUAACUGCAUACCUAAAGACCUUUUCUGUGCUGUCAUCCUUCACAUUCACAUUUUUUCUGACUAAUGAAUUAUUCAGCUUAUUAUAGCAAACUAAAUAAACUGUCAUUGCUUGUCUGUUUACUAUUGUGUCACUCUGCAUGCCCUUGUAAGUAUAAUUGUACAGUUUUCUUAAAUAUGUCUAAAAUAUGCUAUUCCAAAGUUAAUCGCGAAAAAGUGAAACAUUUUUGUUGGAUUUCAUUGUCAUAUUUUGCCCAAAUGUACUGUAGGAAUGUAUUUGUGGUUUGAUGUCAUCUAUUUUCUGCUGUGAAUGAAGUGAAUUUUCUGAUGGCCCUAUAAAAAUUCGUAACUUUUUUCACUUGCUUAAAGCUAGCUUUGUGAGUGCAGUGCAUUCCAGUUUGUUUAGAAAAGUAACCUAACACUAGACUUAGUUGGUUGGAAGUCUCAAGCUUGUCUCACCUUCACACAAGUCCAGAAGAGUUUCCAUGUAACUACAUCCAACAGUGGUUUCACAGAGCAGAGUGAGAAGUGAAACCCCUGGAGUUGAACAAGAACGGCAGGUGGUGUUAAGUUAUCUUUACAGUCUGCUAGUACUCCGGCGUUUUACUGGAGCAAGGAAUGUUAUUCUUAAGGGCAAUGUACAUGUCUCAACACUUAUUUUCUACCGUAAAUCUUUUUUUUUUUUUAUGACCUGUCCAUUUCUGUUCAGAUUAGCAUGAUGUGCCUCAUUUGUAGUUUUGUGGUGAAUCGGUGUUUAUUGUGGCCUUUUACUGCUGUUGUUUGGCACAGCUAGCUUGCAUAGCAAGUUUUAUCAAGCGCAAUUCUCAUUCUCAAAACCUUAAAAAUGCCAAACCUUUCUGUACCAGUAGUGUUAGUGUGUAAAUGUGACACGUUUCUUCUUAUUAUUAUUGAUAUUAUUGAAAUGGAUUUUCAAUAAAAUUAAUACAUCAAACGUCAAUGCCAAUGAAUAUACACCAAAGCAAUCGUGUUGAUAUUUCAAAAACAAUAAAACAAAACAUUAGAAACAUUCUAA